AAGGAAGGAAGGAAGGAAGGAGGGAGGGAGGGAGGUGGAGCUGCCUGGGGUCCCUAUGCGGAGGGCCUGUUCUUCUGCCUUGCUGGGCCUGGGGCUGCUCCUGGGCCAAAGGAGCUGGGCCUCCUGCAGCUGGGGCUGGGGCUGGAGCAGGCAGUGUCCCCUGGAAGGAGGCAGGCACCGCUGGGCAAGAGGACCCUCUGCUGCUGCUGCCAUUGCUGCCGCUGGCAUGGCCACCCAGCCGGGGAAAGGGAUCAAGCUCCUCGGCCAGAAGGAAGCCCAGGCCAUUGACCAGGAGCUCUUUGAGGAAUACAAGUUCAGCGUUGACCAGUUGAUGGAGCUGGCCGGACUCAGCUGCGCCACGGCCAUCGCCAAGGCCUAUCCGGUCAGCUCCUUCACAGUCAGCCCUCCGGCCGUUCUGGUCAUCUGUGGCCCCGGGAACAACGGCGGGGACGGCCUGGUGUGCGCCCGGCACCUGAAGAUGUUUGGCUAUGAACCGACGCUGCAUUACCCCAAACGCCCCAGCAAGCCCCUCUUUGAAGGCUUAACCACCCAAUGCAAGAAGAUGGACAUCCCUUUUCUCUCGGAGUUCCCUUCAGAGGCUGCGCUGAUAGACGAAAUCUAUGGCCUGGUGGUGGACGCCAUUUUCGGGUUCAGCUUCCAGGGCGCCGUGCGGGAGCCAUUUGGGACGAUCCUGAGCACUUUGGAGAAGGUCACCGUCCCCAUCGCCAGCAUCGACAUCCCGUCAGGUUGGGACGUGGAGAAAGGAAACCCGGACGGUCUGCAGCCAGACAUGCUCAUCUCCCUCACAGCGCCCAAGAUGGCGGCAAAGCAGUUCAGCGGCCGAUACCAUUUCCUCGGCGGCCGGUUUGUGCCGGAGGCCUUGCAGAAGAAAUAUGCGCUCAACCUGCCCCCGUAUCCGGAGACAGAUUGCGUCCUGCGCCUCUCGUAACGGCCGGCCGGUCUCUUGGCUUACUUCAGAAAGAGUUUAACUGGGGCUGAAGGGUUUGGUAUUCAGAGCCUUUUGGGAAUCAUGCUGGUCCCCAAAGGCUCCAUGAAGCCGGUGGGAAAAGAGCGUUCGACUCUCCUUCCUUCUGCAAAAAGCAAAAUAAAUAGAAUUGUGGAAGCGGACUGUGGGCCUUCCAAGUGUUUUGGACUUCAUCUCCCAGAAUCCCAUGCCAGCUUGGGCUUUUGGAAGCUGUAGUCCAAAACAUCGGAGAGCCCAAGUUGGAGAACAGUUGCUCUUAACAAGGGAAGGCAGAGAACAUUUUCUUCCUAGUUUGUUCUUUGAAACCUGUGGAAGGGAUUGGGGACGGGAUAAAGAGCCAAAGCCGGCUUUUGAGAUCACUACAGGUCUUCUGUGUCCCCCAAUAAAACAGGUGUUGCAGUUAUUGUAAAA